AAGCUACACGUUUUUAGAAAUGGCAGCCUCCGGUGAAAUGCAUGUGGUUACGUUCCUAUGAUAUAUCAGUUUAGUUUAUCUACAAAUACCGGGUUUUUGUAGCCGACUACUGUAUUUAACGACAGUACAUAUCUUAUCGACAGAACGAAACAGAAAACAAAAAAGAUUGAAAAUGCAGCACGACGACGUUAUAUGGGACAUAAUUGGAAAUAAACAGUUCUGUUCCUAUAAAGUCAAAACCAAGACUCAGAGUUUCUGUCGAAACGAAUAUAACAUUACAGGACUUUGUAAUCGGUCGUCUUGUCCACUUGCCAAUAGCCAAUAUGCAACCAUUCGAGAAGAGAAAGGUCAGUGUUUCCUCUACAUGAAGGUGAUUGAGAGGGCAGCUUUUCCUGCACGUAUGUGGGAGAAGGUGAAACUAAGUAAAAACUAUGAGAAGGCUCUGGAACAGAUUGAUGAGAACCUCAUCUAUUGGCCACGGUUCAUCCGACACAAGUGCAAACAGCGGUUCACCAAGAUCACACAGUAUCUCAUCCGCAUUCGCAAGCUCACACUUAAGCGACAGAGGAAAUUGGUACCCUUGAGUAGGAAAGUGGAGAAGAGGGAGAAAAGGAAAGAGGAAAAAGCCCUCAUUGCUGCGCAACUCGACAAUGCCAUUGAGAAAGAGCUCUUGGAAAGGCUGAAACAGGGAACGUAUGGAGACAUUUAUAACUUCCCCAUCCACGCCUUUGAUAAAGCUCUGGAGAAGCAGGAUGAGGAGACCGAGUCAGAAGAAGACGAAGAAGAGGAGGAGGAUGAUGAGGAUGUUGGCCAGAAAGAGUUUGUUGCAGAAGAUGAGAUUGAGGAGAGUGAUUUGAGUGACUUUGAGGACAUGAACAACCUUAAGGGAAGCAGUGAUGAGGACGAUGAAGAUGAGGACGAUGAAGAUGAGGAUGAUGAUGACGAGGAAGAUGAUGAAUCCAGUGAAGAGGAGAUGGACACGGAGGCAAAAACAAAGAUCAGUUCAAAAGGAAAGGCUCCACUCAAAGGACCUUACAGAAAGAAACGAGCCUAUGUGGAAAUUGAAUAUGAGCAAGAGACUGAGCCAGCUUCAAAGAGCAAAGCUACAUAGAUUUGUGUACACCCUCUUUUAAUUGUAUAUUUCAGGACUGACUGGGGUGAACUUGAAACCCCAGUUCUACAGUGACUUCCCAAACACUCAAACUCCAUGUCCUGGGCCUGGCUUUGGACUUAACAGUGAAUACAGAAGUUAUACUUCACAAUCCAUUCUGAAGCAGAAUAUUUUUGCUUUAGUGAAGUAAUAAAUAUACUUUUUAUACCCCAAA